CUGUGUGUAAAUAGUUCUUAAUUGAUUUGAAAAUUGUAUUUCAUCAGUAGAUAAUACACUUCAUUAUACCAAUAACUUAAACAAAAAUGUGGAUACAGUGUGAUUUAGCUUGUUUAAUUUUCAGGAAGGGAAUCCAGAAUAAAGUUCAGGAAUGAAAACGAGGAUGGGAUGCUCACCAUUUAAGGUAUUUGACAAGCAUUGAAUAGCUAGGCUCUGUUAAGACCCACGUCAAGGGCUUGUUUCUUGAAGAUUCCUACCCUAGCUGGGAAGCCAAUACAAAGAUAGGGUAGUAAAUAACAGAAUAGAAAGUGUUGUAAUAUAGGCACAAACCUAAUAGGAGGGCUGGAGGUUGGAACUUGAGAGAGGAGUCUGAUUUUCUUAGAGCAGAGAAGGUGGAAAGAACAGCUCAUUUCUGUACUCUGAGAGGCUGAGGCAGGAGAAUUGCAAAUUGAAGCUCAGCCUGGGCAACCCAGUGCUUUAGUGCGACUCUAACUCAUAGUAAAAAGGCUGGGAAUGUAGCUCAGUGCAAAGGCCUUGAGUUCAAUCUGCAGUCCUUUUUUUGAAGACCAGCUCACACCAAGGGCAUGAAGGUUGUCUGCUCCUUUUGUCUGGAAUGCAACGUAUGGGAAAAAGGAGAUACAGUCCUGAAGUAGUAGGUCACAGCUAAGAUGUGUGUUAGGCUCUGGAGUGUGGUCUUGAUCCUGUAAGAUGAAGGUGGCUGGAGCAGUUGUGAAAAUAUAGACUGACACUAGUAGGGGGAAGCCAAGGGAUUGUGCCUCAGUCUCCCAGCCAGGAAGACAAAGACCUGACUGCUGACUCCCCGACCUGGUGACCAGUCUGCUGGAAAUUAGCCCUUCUGCUCAAAGGUGUUUUUUUGUUUUGUUUUGUUUUUUGUUUUUAAAUUCAUGAGCUCCUUAAUAGGGAAAAGAACAAAUGGAGAGAAAGGCAAACAGGAAAAAUUAAAUGAGCAGAUGUUGAGUGAAAAGGCUUUUUUGUCAGCCCUCCUUUGAGGCAAAUUCAUUAGUGAGAUUGGAGAAACUUGCAGUUUAAAUGGAUUUGAAACUGUUUUGGUUUGUCUGCCUCCAAUCCAUUUCCAGUUUCUAUGAACUGACAGGAAAGCUGCCUCUCCUCGGUUGAGAAAAGCUAAUGAGAUUGCUGAAUCAGGCUUUCAGAGUAGGUGGCGUUGCCUGCCCCGCCCAUAACACCUUGGUGUGCAAGUGGUUCAUGAAUCAACUUGUUGAAGCUUUCUUACUUGUUGGAGCACUUUAAAUAAUCCAGGCAGAGCUGUCUUCAGCAGGAGAAAGUGAAAAUGGCCCCGAGAUGUCUAACCCCUCACAUAAACAGCAUAAAAUGUAUAUGCACUCGAAUUGAUUUCCUGGUAAUAAUAUGCUUGUCUUUCUUGGUGAUGACUGAUCUUUGAGACUGAAACAAAUAAAAAUAAGUUACAUCGGGGGAAAAAAAAAAGAAAAAAAUUGCCAGGCUAUUUUUUGUGUUAGAUAGUUUUAAAAAAUAAAAAAAGAAAAUUGUUUUUUCACUUACUGGGAAACAUACAAAUCACAUUGUGGACUGAUGUUUCCUUAGUAGAUGAGUUCUGUGGUGUGAUGGUGGUGAUUUGGUUAGCAAAAAGCCCCCCAGUGUUCUUCACCUUUGGAGAAUACUAUAGCUGCCAAACCAGCUCUUAGCAGAGUACAUGGUGUUCGGCGUGUGUCAGGUUUCUUGCCAGUGCUUACGCCUCUUCUUUUAAACAGCAAGAUCAUCCUGUCGAUGAUUGACUAACAAAGACUGUACCAGAGUGCAACAACCAUGAGGCAGUAGAUGCAUCUGUAACUCGGUGCCUGCCCAAAUGCCAGUUUGCUCCUCUCCAAGUGGCGAAACAGGAAGUAACAUCCCAUCAGGAAGAACCUGAAAGUGCCAUCCAGUAGCUUCGCCUCACGUCACAGAUUGCCCUCAGAAAUCUUGAUUUGCAACUUUCCAGGGUGGGUCUGUGAAAGAAUUUCAAAACGUACACAUAGCUGAGACACGUUGCUCUCUGAUGAGAACAAAGCUGACUGCAACACUGGAAACUUCGCUCUGACUAUUCUUCACAAGCAAGGAGCAUCCUUUGCAGACUUAUAUUUGAGAAAGCAUGUUUCAGGUAUUUAAAGAAUGGUUCUGGCUGGAAAGAUUUUGGCUUCCUACAACAAUAAAGUGGUCAGAUCUUGAAGAUCACAAUGGACUCAUCUUUGUCAAACCUUCUCAUUUGUAUAUGACAAUUCCAUUUGCUUUUCUUUUGCUGAUCAUCAGAUAUUUCUUCGAAAAGUAUAUUGCUAUUCCUGUAGCAAAACUGCUUGGCAUUCAAAAACCAGUUCAAAAAAUUAUACCAAAUACCGUAUUAGAGAAUUUUUUCAAGAACUCCACAAGGCCAUUGCAAAGUGAUAUUUAUGGACUGGCAAAGAAAUGUAACUUAACAGAGCGCCAAGUUGAAAGAUGGUUUCGAAGGCGGCGGAAUCAAGAGAGGCCUUGCAGGUUGAAGAAAUUCCAGGAAGCUUGCUGGCGAUUUGCAUUUUACUUAAUACUUACUGUUGCUGGAAUUGCAUUUCUCUAUGAUAAACCUUGGACGUAUGACCUCUGGGAGGUUUGGAAUGGCUAUCCCAGACAGCCCUUGCUGCCAUCUCAGUACUGGUACUACAUGUUAGAAAUGAGCUUUUAUUGGUCUCUGACAUUUAGCCUUGGCAGUGACGUCAAGAGGAAGGAUUUUGUAGCUAAUGUUGUUCACCACCUGGCUGCUCUUAGUUUGAUGAGCUUCUCUUGGUGUGCUAAUUACAUUCGCAGUGGGACCCUCGUGAUGAUCGUGCAUGAUGUAGCUGACAUUUGGCUGGAGUCUGCUAAAAUGUUUUCUUACGCUGGAUGGAUGAAAACCUGUAACGGUCUGUUUUUAAUCUUCACUGCUGUGUUUUUCAUCACCCGCUUCGUUAUUUUUCCCUUCUGGCUUUUACAUUGCACGCUGAUAAUUCCUCUGUACUACCUGGAGCCUUUCUUCUCGUACGUCUUCCUCAACCUACAGCUGCUGAUUCUACAGGCCCUGCACUUUUACUGGGGUUAUUUAAUCCUGAAGAUGAUUAAAAAAAAUAUUUUACAGAAGAACUUUAAAGAUGUGAGGAGUGAUAAUGAAGAGGAAGAGGAAGAAGAGGAGGACGAUGAGGAGGAAGAGGAAGCUACCAAAGGCAAAGAGAGAGACUGUUUGAAAAAUGGCCUUGGGACCAACAACCACCUCAUCCCCAAUGGUCAGCUUGGCCACUAACUUGAAGCCCACGUGACUGCCACGUGCAGGGUGCUGCAAGGACUGCUGGGAGCCUGCUGCGCUCCCCACUCAUGUUGCUGUGGCCAAGAGACCACAGAGACCCCAGAUCCUGCCCCUCCCUCUGUCUCAGUUUUUCUCCUUAUUCUAAGAUGUGUUUAACAAAAUGUUGUCAAUUUGUGUUAAAAUAUUAAAUAUGCACAUGCCUGUGGAUUUUACUGUAGUCAGGACACAGGCUGGUCAGAGCUUUCAAAAAUGUUUGCAGAGUGCUGUUUUAGUUCUGGUUGCUUUCACUGGUGCCCUGGAGAGACGUUUGGCUUUGUCAGGGCAUGCUUUGCUUCAGCCCUUUCACCUUCUCACCUUGCUUACCCUCAGGACAGCUUGGCCAAUGCUAAGGAAGCCUGUUUCUUUCCAGCUCUGAUCAGCCACAGAGAGCAGCUUCUGUCCCGAAGCUGUAUAAGUGGUAGUGGGACAGUUGCAGAAGGACCAGGCAAGGAGACAAGUUCCAGCCUUCCUAGCCACUUCUUGCCAUGGUGGCUCACGUGCUGGUCUCUACAGUGCAGCGGUAGUGGCUGCUCCCCAGCCUUACAGGGCUGGGUAAGGAUCCAGUGAGAUAAGACAACUGACUUGUACACUGUUAACUGACCGUCUCUACACUGUGAUUCCAGCUGUUUGCAGGAGAGAGGCCUGGCCAGCUUGGAAUGAAUGAACAUGAAUGAGAGGUACAAUCUUUAAAAAUUCCUCCUAAAUGUGUCUGAGAUGCCUAGAAAUGCAAAUACCCGGAGGGCUGUUUCCACUCAAUUUGCUAACUAUGUAUUGUUAGUGCCCUAGCAUCAUUCUCAAGUUUCCCUGGAAAUCUCCCUUAGAUACUGUUGGCCAAGGGAAGGAGUUUGGGCACGUUUCUUCUAUUUUGUUGGUUUUCACUUUUUUCCUCUCUAAAAGGGAAGCUUCCUUGUGUUUAUUCUGAGCCCCCUUUUCAGGCCAACUGAGCUCCCCAGGGACUGUGGGUGUCCAUCUGGGGGCCUCUGCAGGGGACCUGGAUACAGGCCAGGUUGUACGCUGAGCCAUUUCAUCUGGAAAGCCUGAGCCCCUGGAUGGCAUUCAUGGGAGCUACCUGACCUCAGGAACUCUUAGCAAAAGAAAGCCACUCGGUUUCAUCUCCAUCAUCCAUCCAGUCAGACUGCACAACACAAAAGGCCACCAAUACCCCAAGCAGGAGGGUGGAUGGGGCUGGCAGGCCAGGCUGGCUCUGCCUUUCCUGCCAGGAAGGGGGAAGUGGGAAUACUGAACACCAUCCUGUCCAUUGUGCAACUUGGUCACUGCUUGGAACAUAUGUCCUGGCCCAGUGGAUGGUGUUGACCUCAGUGCCUUCUGGGAUCCCACUGAGUAGAGGUGGGCCUUCCAGAGAAAGCUUGUGCACAGUGUGCCUGCGCCCUUUCAUUCCCCACCCUGCCUCUCACAGUUGGGGUCUGAUUUUGUAUCUUGAUCCUGUUUUGCUCAGGGCUCUUGCUAUAAAGCAUGUGAAAAGUGAGACUGUAGGGAGUGGGAAGUGAGGUCCAACCACAGCGAGCUGCCGGGCCUCUUUAGCAGAAAGGAUACUGUGCACAUGGAGAAGGCCUGAGAUUUGGGGCUUUUAAUAAAAAUAGGUUUGUAAAACUUGCAAGCUAAACCUGCAAGAAAAACUUUCAGAGUUUUUUCCUCAACAGAAUCUUUUGUUGAAGAAUCAUAAAAAAGAAAAAUAAAUCUCAAAUUAUUUCUGCAUAAUAUUUGUUUCUAUAAGUACAAUAACAUAUGCAUUGAUGUGUAAUGUGAUAUUAUAUAUGUAAAAUGACUCCACUCGAGGGCAUAACUCAUUUAUUAUUAUUGUCCUAUGGUAACUGUAAUUGUUGUUAAUGUGGUGGAAGAGGUUCACACUAAAGUAUUAUUUUUUAUGUUUCCACUUAACAGAAUAUUUUUCCACUUAACAGUAUUUUCCAUUUAACAGAGUAUUAACAGAGUACUUUUUCGUCAUUAAUUUUGGUCUUGUCUUGGUACCAGAUCUCUUCUUGCUUAUGGUAAAAAAUUAUUUAUUUGCUGCUCUAUCCUUCGGUUUUUCCUCUCAUUUAAUUAUUCAAGGUAAAGUUAAUAUACCAAUUUUAGUUAUCUCUAAUGCAGCUAGAAGCCCUAAAGUAAGUUUGUAAGGGGUAGAUACACAUUUUUGUAACAUUUUUUGGUCUUUUAUGAUUAAUUUAAAAGGUAACCUCCUUACUACAGGAAAUAAGGGCACAGGAUUAUGUGAGAUGGCCAUUAAAUUGGCAUCCACAGUGCCAUCAAUAUUGUCUUAAUGGUUAUGACUAAAAGUUAAAAUCCAGUGUACAUCGUGAUUGAGUAGACUCAAAAUCAUGCAUUGCUUGACUUCUUAGACAUGAAUGGUCUCUGUAGAGGAAACAGAGAUUUGCCUCCAGAAUGGCCCCACUGGACAUGGGAGAAAACAACAGAGAAGAAAGCUAGGUGUGAACAGGCUGCUGACCCUGUGGCUCAAAAUACCAAACACAGGGAUAGGAGGGGCUGGCAUCCCAGAAGCUCGGGCUUUGAGGUAUCUCAGGACAAACUGAAGAGGAGUUUUUAAAGACUGUGACUUUAAGAUUGAGCCUCUUGACUGUACAUAGUGGGAACAGCCUGCCAGCCCAGCUUGGGAGCUGGAGUCUUAACUAGGCACCACCUGAGCCCUGUACAGUCACUAUGGAAGUGUUGAGAAAAGGCACUUCCUCAAGGUAUUUAAGGUAUUUAAGACGUAGUGUAACAGAAAAUACCCUCCACCCAGCCAGUAUACUUCAGUUUCUUAGUUUCCCAGGUUAUUAGUUCCUGUACCAGUUCCAAUUGCCCCUGUCUCUUAGAAACUGGUGAUCACUGUGAUACAUAGAUGCUCACUAUGAUGCACAUUGUAUAAAUCUAUCCCCAGUUGACAAGCCAUUCUGCCUCUGUACUUCCUGUUUCUUAUCCCAUAUAAGCUCUAGAUCACCAGAUAUCAGGGCUUGAUAUUUUGAGAAUGAUUCUGAUUAGUGGCCAUCAACAUAAAUAAAUCUGCCUCCAAAUCCUG